AUGCGUUUUCUUGAAAAUUUUAAGGUAACCUUAAAGGUGUUGUGCUUAUGUUCUACCUUCUUGUUUGAUUUGAUGGCUUUUUUUAAUAGAAGGAUGUUAGAAGAACAUAUAUUUGAUAUACAAAAAAGUGCUAAAUGUUUGACUUGUAUUUGUACAAAUGAUUGUGGAGGUGAUGAUAUAUCUGUUCCUAGUGAUGGUCCAUUUUUACCCCCUCCUCCUCCUCCUCUCCCUAAUGUGACAAGUGAAAAAUAUCAUAUGCCUUUUUAUUUUAUCAUAAUGCUUUGUAUGUUUGGGGCUUUUUUUAUGUUCAUAUGUUAUAUGAUUAUACUUAAGAGGAAUAGGUCAAAUUCAAGAUCAAUUAGGAGAAAUAAUGUUUCACAAUUUGAUGAAACUAGAGAGGAUUUUGUUAUAGAUGAGAAUUUGGGCCCAAUUUUGGAUCAUCCGAUUUGGUAUAUUCGCACCGUGGGACUUGGACAAGAUGUUAUUGAUUCGAUUUCGGUGUUUAAGUAUAAAAAAGAUGAGUUUUUGAUUGAUGGGAGUGAUUGUUCUGUUUGUUUGACUGAAUUUGAGGAGGAUGAGAGUUUAAGGUUGUUGCCUAAGUGUAGUCAUGCUUUUCAUAUUCCUUGUAUUGAUACUUGGUUAAGGUCACACAAGAAUUGCCCCUUGUGUCGUGCUCCUAUUGUAUCCGAUAUGGAUAAUUCCCCUCGAAUGGAUCAUGUUGUGGAAGUUGUAUCGAUUACUAGUGUAGGUGAUGAUGGCUCUAGUACGAAUGAUGUUGAUCAAGACGAUGAUCUUGAAUUGGAUGGAGAGGGGAAUAAUCAAGAAAUGAGGUGUGGAGUAGUAGAAAAUCUUGAUGAGGAGGAGGAAGGGAGAUCAACGAUGGACUUAUCGAUGAAAAAUGCACGAGUUAAUCUUGAUGGAAGGAGGAAAAGGGGUCGUGUUUUUAGUGAUUUGGUUGAUCAACAUAGAGUGAAGGAGAUCAUCAACAAUGAACUACAACCAGCACGAAGAUCGGUCUCAAUGGAUUCCUCUGUUGCUCAAGUGAUUCACCUCAUGAUGAACGAGAUGAAUGAGAUGAACGAGUUGAAUGAGAUGAAUUCGAGGAAAAUUGAUCAAGGGUGUUCGAGUAAUUCAAAGAGAGGAGAUAGAAAUUCAAGUUUGUAUAAAGCAAUGAAGAGUUCUUCCUUUGGACGUUCAUUGCAAAAAGUUCCUAUUAGUAUGAAGAGGUCUUUUUCUACUAGUGGAAAGUGUUCAUUGCCUACAACUAGCAAGAUUCAAGAUCCAAGACAAACAAUGUAAGAACAUUUCACUUUAGUUCUUGAAUACUUCAAGUUGGGUUCAAGAUUUUCCUAUAUAUAUAUAUAUAUAUAUAUGAACAAUAUAUGAAAAUAUAAAGUGUAAAAGUAAUGUUCCACAUAGAGGACUUGGAAACAAAUGAAUUUUACAUAUUCCCUCUUCUUAAAGAGAUAUUUGAGUUUAUUAUUAGGUUAAUGUUGUGAUGAAUAAUACAGCAAGAGACAAGAGCAAGUUCAUUUCA